AUGGGCAACGACGAAAUCUCCGAUUUCGAAAAGCAGCGCCUAGCCAACAUCGCCGAACGCGAUGCGCUACUCAAAAAGCUGACCAUGGAGGCGCAGUCCUCUGGGCUUUUUCCGCCGAAGAUGCCCAAACCAGCAGCGAAGGAUCAAUCGCGGACGAAAAAGAAGACUCCUGUGAAGAAAGUCAAGGAGGAGACGCCGCAGCCGCGGCGCAUGUCAUCCCGGCUGAGGGGCAUCGCGGCGGAAAGCGAAGUCGCGAAGCGCAAAGCUGAAGAAGAGUACGAGGCGCGGCAGGAAGCGGAGCGCGCGAAACGAGUUCGCAAGUCGGAUAACUUCUCGUUCAGUGAUAUUAUGGUGAACGGGCAGAAGUUGCCUGCGGAUGGAUUGAUCGGAGUAGAUGUAGUUACCAAGGGCGUGGCGAUACCGUACCAGAGGACGUUUGGCGAUGAUGAGAUCCAGAAGACGACGGAUAAGGAUCUGAAGGCGCUGAGGAAGGAGAUGAAUGGAUUGACGCUCUGGGAGGCGUGGGAACCUAACCGCAUUAAAUUGACCCCCGAACGAGUCUACACCAUGACUUUCCACCCGACAGAAUCCAAACCUCUCAUCUUCGCCGGCGACAAAAUGGGCCACCUAGGCAUUCUCGACGCCUCGCAAGAGAAGCCCACCUCCAUCAAACCCGAGGACGACGAGGAAUCCGACGACGAAGAUCCGGACCCCGUCCUCACCACCGUAAAACCCCACACCCGGACAAUCAGCAGCAUGCACAUCCACCCCAGCACACCGACGACCCUGUACACAGCCAGCUACGACAGUUCAAUCCGCGCCAUGGACCUCGAGAAGUCCACCAGCGUGGAGAAAUACGCUCCGGAAUCGACCUCCUCGGACGAGCCCAUCUCCGGCAUUGACAUGGCACUCGACGAUCCCAACGUGCUGUAUUGGACAACGCUGGACGGGGCCUUUGGCCGGCACGACAUCCGCACCGACCCAACAGCAGAAACAGUAAACACAUGGCAACUCUCCGAGGGUAAGAAAGAUGAAGGGCCAACCCCAGUAGGAGAACACUACAGCCGGCUCUCCGUCUCGCACGCAGCAUUCAACAGCGCAGGACAAAUCGCGACGUCUUCGUACGAUGACACGCUCAAGAUAUACGAUCUGAAGAAGAAGGGGAUUUCGAACUGGGAUGUAGGGCAUGCAGUUUCGGAGGAUGAGUUGGGGCCUGAUACCUCUCCGCCCCCAGUGGCAACAGAACCCGCAAUCGCAUAUCCAGCGAUUCUGUAUUGGAAACAUGAAUCGGAAUUGGGUUGCGGGAGGGACGGCGAGUGGGAAGAUUUGUUUGUGGAUGUGAACGUUAGGCAGGGGUUUACGCAUAUUCAGGCGCAGCAUCAAGCGGUACUCAAGUACAAGUCUAACAAGGUGGAGUUACUCAUUUCAUCUAUGCCCAGAGGAAAGACUGGCAAGGAAAAUCCCCUUAAGACGGGCAUUCCUGCUGCCUACAAUCCAUACAUCAUCCAUGGAAGAUCAUAUCCGGCACUCUGCUCACAGGAUCUCUUGUUUUCCACGUAA